AUGGGAAUUACUAUUGGCAUUGCUUUUGUUUUAUCAUUUUGUAUUGUUGGUACAUUGUACUUUAUAUUCCCAAAACUUAUUAAACAUUGGUUAUUUUGGUAUGUCUUUUCAAUGAUUAUUUUUGUGUUUUCAGUUGGAGGAUUAGUGUAUAAUGUUAUGCACCAACCACCAACAUUCGGAGUUGACAGAAAACAUAAUAUUAAUUAUUUCAGUCCUGAUGCACGAGGUCAAUUUUAUAUGGAAGGCUAUAUUGGAAGUUUCUUGUGUUUGUCAAUUUUUUAUAAUUUUAGAGGGUCGCUAGUUAAUGAAAAACUAGGACUUUAUACUUAUGAAACAGACGCAAGUGUAGGAGUUGGGUUAAUAUUAUUUUUCGAAUUAGGUAGAAAGAGUGUGGUUGCUUUAGCAGUAACCUUUGCUUUUUUGGUUUUAGUAUUAUCUCUCUUCAAUAAUGCUAUUCAUACAAAAAUUUCAUGGGUAAACAUUUCUUUCAAUAUCUUAGAGGCUUAUGUGAAUGCUUUCAGGGAUCUUUUAAGUUUCUUUAAUCAUUGA